AUGUCGGAUUAGAAGAACCUCUGCAAUACAAAGGCGUUAAUAGUUCGUGGUUUGCAGAAGUUGCUAGCUGAGUUGUGUUAACCAUGGCGGACUGGAAAGUACCUGUAAGCUACAAUUUCAACCCUUCAUACCACGCAUACGCCUAUGGACUACUCUACCAAGCAGGCUCCGAACAAACGCAUCCAAACCUGAAUUGGACCGAGGCGACCUACAACCAUCCCGGUGUCAACGGAGGUUACUACCAGACACAACCGCCACACCAGUCUCCACCUGCGAGCCCAGGACAAGUUACUUCGAACAGCACGGCGCAAUACCCUGGUCCUAUGCUGUAUUUCUCCGACACACACACCCAAAGUGGCAGACUCUUUCUCUCUCAAAAUCGCAACAUUGCUCAUUAUGAGGACCAAACAAAGGAGAGUGAGCGACCAAGCAGUGAUAACCCCAGUGACUCUGAGGCUCACACACCAGAUUCGUGGAGUUCGGGCAGCAGCAGGGAAGUGUGCAUUCCCCCUGGAAAUCCCGCAACAUGGAUCAAGAAAGACACGGACGAUGAAACGGUCUGCGGCAGUCCAGAUGGCACAGAGGUCGUGUCCAGCUCUAUUACAGUUGGGGAUGAUGACCCCAGCCUGAAAGAUGUGAGGUCGGGACAGGGUCCUGUUAACAUUACGCAGUCACCACCAGCACAAACUACACAGACCCGCAAGGCGAAGGUACGGACUGCAUUUUCUGAGGGCCAGAUGAACGCUCUGACCCACCGGUUCAGCAUGCAGAGGUACCUCACCCCUGCCGAAAUGAAGACCCUAGCUGGACUCACAGGAUUAACCUACAAGCAAGUGAAGACGUGGUUUCAAAAUAGGAGGAUGAAGCUUAAGAGACACCAGAAGGAAAAUGGUUGGGUCUCGGAGCGGUAUGCCAACUCUGGAUACUCCAGUGUACAACCAGCUUCCCAUUCUCAGUUCCAGGCGGAUUCCCAAGCAUUACUUCAGGACCCGUACUCAAACCCACAACUAAGAGAGGCAGUCUUCAAGAAGAGUCCCCCUCAACCUGCAGGCUUCUACCCCAACUACUUGCAACCGCACUCUCCCCCCCAGGCUACGGGCAGGCCUCGGGGCAACUGGCCUCUCCCAAACGCCAUGACCCACUACGAGUACCCUAGCCCGGCUAACUUCAUGCCCCACAAUGGCAACACCAGCAUCAACUCUGACGAUGGGAACGGAGUGGAUGUAGGUAGCAGCCCAACGCACAUGGCAAUGGUGCACAGCGCCACCCAGUGGUCCUCUUAAUUAAUUGCCUGUAGUUGUAGAUAAGGCCAGAGAUGUUGAUUAUGCAUACAUGUACAUACUUUUUACUUCUGCCACGACCGUGGUGUUUUAUAACCUGUAUAUAUAUUUUUAGAUGCUGUCUGGAGAUGUAUUGUUUUUUUUCCCCGCAUCUCUGGGAAAACCCCAUGUUGGCUGAUCCGUCAUGGCUGAACAUUAUGAACAAUGAUUUUUUUUUUUUAGUUUUUUACUUCGAGUUCUAUUUUUCUACCUUUUGUACUUAAUAUCAUACCCAUUGGUUCAUGCUGUUUGCCAAUGGUUUUGACAAGAUGUAUUUAAAUGCUACUUAAUGCAAGGCACUACUCAAAAUCUAAUGUACAGAAAUGGGAGGGGAUGCUGCACUGCUUUACUUGUUUCAGUAUGUGUGAAUUGUGAAUCAUGUAUGACUUGUACUACACCAAUGUGGCCAUUAUCUGAGAUAGUAGUAGUGACUUCACUGUUACCUGAACCAUGAUCUGUUUAAAAGACAAGUUUUUUUGUGACCUUGUGAAGGUUCCAAUGUGUCUUCAAAUAAAUGUCCUUGCGUUUA